UGUGAUUUGCUUGAGUUUUGCUCGGGUAUCUUGUGUUUUUGCAUCUGUCUGAAUGGGCUGAACAACUGCUGUUUAGACUCUAAAUGUUCGGGCUGUUUGUGCCUGGAUUUACAUGCUUGUACUGGUGUGAGCGUGGCUAUUCAUGGGGUUGAAAACUCUGUUCAGGUUCAUCGGAGAACUGUGCCCGUCUAUCGAAGAUCUGCUCAGAUGUCUGGGGCGAGCCAUCCUUCACUUCCUCCUGUCACCAAGUCAGUGACUGUGGACUGCUCCUCUUCAGGAUCCAUUGAAUCUGCUGUUGUCAAUGGGAAAUACCCUUAUCCAGUGGCUCGCAAUGUAAAUAUUUAUUUGGGUGAAUCCGAAGGUGGGAACAGCCCUUCGAAAGAUGAUGACUCCCUGCUUCAUCCUGGCAACUUGACCAGCACAUCAGAUGAAACAAGCACACUGGAAAUGGGUGUCGAGGAAGCUGCAGAUAGAAAUAAAGGAAAUGGCCUGUUCUUCAGGGAUGGGAAAUGCCGGAUAGAUUACAUCCUUGUUUACAGAAAAUCUAACACUCAAGCAGAGAAACGGGAAGUGUUUGAGAGAAACUUGAGAGCUGAAGGACUGAACAUUGAAAAAGAGUCAUCACUAACCAAUAGUGAUAUCAUAUUUGUGAAGUUACAUGCCCCAUGGGAAGUUCUUUGUAGAUAUGCAGAGUUAAUGAAUGUACGGAUGCCUUUCAGGAUGGAGAAAAGCUUGAGCAGGUUCCGAGGAUGGUUGCCAAGGAAACCUAUGAAGUUGGACAAGGAUACGUUACCGGAUCUGGAGGACACAGACUGCUACACGGCUCCUUUCAGCCAGCAGAGGAUUCAUCACUUCAUUAUAAACAACAAAGACACGUUCUUCAACAAUGCAAUGAGAAGCAGAAUCCUGCACCACAUUUUGCAAAGGGUCAAAUAUGAAGAGGGCAAGAACAAAAUAGGACUCAAUCGUUUACUUGGAAACAGUACCUAUGAGGCAGCGUUCCCGCUUCAUGAGGGAAGCUACAGAAGCAAAAAUUCCAUUAAGACUCAUGGAGCAGUGAACCACCGUCACCUGCUGUUCGAGUGCUGGGCCUGGUGGGGCGUGUGGUACAAAUAUCAGCCACUCGACCUGAUCAGACGCUACUUUGGUGAGAAGAUUGGUCUAUACUUUGCCUGGUUAGGUUGGUACACUGGAAUGCUGUUCCCAGCUGCCAUUGUUGGCUUGCUGGUGUUUUUGUAUGGAGUUUUCACACUGGAUUAUUGCCAAGUAAGUAAAGAAAUCUGCCAAGCAACAGAAAUAAUUAUGUGUCCACUCUGUGACCAGCAUUGCCGCUAUAUGCGGUUAUCGUACAGCUGUGUAUAUGCCAAGGUGACUCAUCUCUUUGACAAUGGAGCCACUGUAUUCUUCGCUGUUUUUAUGGCCGUGUGGGCGACUGUCUUCCUGGAGUUUUGGAAACGGCGGCGAGCAGUUAUUGCCUACGACUGGGAUUUGAUUGACUGGGAAGAGGAGGAGGAAGAAAUCCGUCCCCAGUUUGAAGCAAAAUAUUCCAAGAAGGAACGUGUGAAUCCUAUAUCGGGAAAACCAGAGCCUUAUCAAGCCUUCACUGAUAAAUGCAGCAGAAUCAUUGUAUCAGCUUCUGGAAUAUUCUUCAUGAUCUGUGUGGUGAUUGCUGCUGUGUUUGGAAUUGUCAUUUAUCGGGUGGUGACUGUGAGCAUUUUUGCUGCGUUUGAGUGGGCUCUGAUUCGGAACAAUUCCCAGCUUGCCACAACAGGAACUGCAGUGUGCAUCAACUUCUGUAUCAUCAUGCUUCUGAACGUGCUGUAUGAGAAAGUUGCUCUGUUUCUGACCAAUUUAGAACAGCCUCGGACUGAGUCAGAGUGGGAGAACAGCUUCACUUUAAAAAUGUUUCUGUUUCAGUUUGUUAACUUGAACAGCUCUACCUUUUACAUAGCAUUUUUCCUGGGAAGAUUAACAGGACGCCCAGGAGCCUAUCUGAGAGUCUUGAACAAGUGGAGGUUGGAGGAGUGCCACCCAAGUGGUUGUUUUAUCGAUCUGUGUUUGCAAUUGGGAAUCAUCAUGGUGUUGAAACAGAGCUGGAACAACUUCAUGGAGCUUGGCUACCCGUAA